AUGAAUUUGCUCGACUGUCCGGAUCAGGCGAUUAUUCAGACGAUACAAGUGAAUAUACUUGCCCAUUUCUGGACAAUCAAAGCAUUUCUUCCAGACAUGAUUGAACGUAACUCUGGACACAUUGUGACAGUUUCUUCUGCAGCUGGUGUCAUUGGUUUAAAUAAACUGACUGAAUAUUGUGCGAGUAAAUUCGCCUGCGUUGGUCUCGAUGAAUCCUUACGAUUUGAACUCGGUAUGCUCCAGAAACAUGGUGUGCAUAUGACCCUGGCAUGUCCCUACUACACCGACACGGGAAUGUUUGAAGGGGCACAAACAAGAUUCCCAUCAAUUCUGCCAGUGUUGGACACAGAGUUCGUCGCAGAAAAAAUCGUACAAGCGAUUCUGUGUAACCAAGAAGUUCUUUACGUCCCACGCAUUCUUUAUUUCAUUGUUGCCUUAAAAGGAAUUUUACCCGCGAAAUGCUGGUCUUUGGUCCUGCAAUUCACUGGCAGCGGGAUAUGUCAUCAUAAUUCUUUCGUUAAUUCUGUCUUUUUAUUUCUGUCUGGUUAUCUAUCUAUCUCUGUCUGUCUGUUUGUCUGUCUAUCUAUCUAUUUUUCUUAUUUUGUUAACAUCUAUCUAUCUAUCUAUCUAUCUAUCUAUCUAUCUAUCUAUCUAUCUAUUUUAUUGUGUUAA